AUGGCAAGGAAAAUCAAUUCAUCUGAACAAGAUAAUUCAGAAAUUUUAGCUGGUUCAGAUUCAGAUUUAGAUACUGAAAUCUAUACUAAUUCUGAUAAUUCAACAUCAGAUUCUGAUGAUCCAACAUCAGAGCCUGGUGAUUCAACAACACAUUCUGAUGAUUCAACAGCAGAUUCUGAUGAAAAGAAAAAAGAACCACCAUCAAAAAAGAAAAGAACAGAAUUUCUCAACUGGAAACAUGAAAAAUUUGUUCCUAAAACAUUCUAUUUCAAUAAUGAAAAUGCAGGAAUAACAAGUGAUUUAAAGUUGGGAAAUGAUCCUAUUGAUUAUUUUGAAUUAUUUUUCGAUCAAAAAAUUAUGGAAUACAUUGCCGAAGAAACUAACAGGUAUCAACAACAGAAUUUAUCAUCAUCAACAGCAAGUCACACAACACAAUGGUAUGCAACAAACUUCCAGGAAACGUAUGUUUUUAUUGCAACAGCCAUGUUGAUGGGUACAGCGCAGAAAAAUACACUCAAAGAAUAUUGGUUAAUGGAUCCUGUAUUAUAA